AUGGAAACAAACAAAAGCAACACCGGGACGAAAACAGACAAGGAAACGAAUUCUCUAUUCUUAAGGAAGGAAAUCUUCGACCAUGCAAUUAUAUACACCACAAACAAAAUAGAGGAAAGCGCUUUACUAAUUUAUUUGAAAAAUUUCUAUGAGCAUUUUAAGAAGUCGAAAGAGAGCACGGAGCAGGCUGGCAGUGUCAACCACGAUGAUCAAAUGUACGUCACUUUGGAUAGCUGGCUAAGUUACAAUGAAGUUCUAAAAGGGCAGGACAACAUCUGUUCUGCCAAUUUCAGCCAUAAUGUAUGCAAAUCUCUGUGGAUCCUCUUAAGUAUAACUUUGCAGAGUGUAAAGAAGAAGAACAAUGUCAACGGACAGAGGACGAUAUUUAACGCGUCUCUGCAGGAACUACACAGGCAGGGGGGUGACCGAACCGAAGAGGACGGGCAUCAGCAGAGUCAGCAUCGAGACUGGCGCGGGGACACAAGUGGGAUGAUUUCUCUCCAUUCGAGUCACACCAAUGGUAGUCGUCAGGUUUGCAAGAACGGCAUCCAUAGGGACAGCAGUGUGGGUGACCUAGCCCCCUCCAUAGAAAGCUCUACAGCACCACACAGGGACUGCGGUGGCGAAAAGGGCAGUGCAAAGGGGGACACUCCUCACCACGCGUGGAAUGAAAAUUGGCUAGACGAACAGGUGUGUAUAGAGCUAGUCAUAUUUUUUAUCAUAUUGCAAUUUUUGAAGAUAGACAAUGUGAAGAGGAAGUACGACAAAAAUUUGAGUGAAGAUAGUUGGCCUCACUUUGGAAGUUCCCCAAGAUCUUUGUCCAAUUUCUCCUCUGGAAGGGGUGGACACAGUGUCGGAAGCAGCAGCGUGAAUGCGAGUAGCAGUCCAAGUAACUGUGUGUCCAAGUCAAACUUGUCCGAUUUUUUCCAUUUCUGUGGGAACAAUUACAAGCAUUUUUUGAAGACUUACCUUAUUGCAUUUUUAUGCGCAACCGAUAUAGUCAAUAGUAGCACCCUCACGGAUACUCCUCUUUAUUUUAGAAGCCAACAUCUAUUUCUGAUCGAUUUUAUAAUAGACACGAAUGACCACACAAAUGUGUACGAGAGGUACCUACAGAAAAACGAGCACAAGAUUUUGUACAAAACGAAGGAUAUCCUAAGCUGGCUGUUAAACAAUCUGUGUAUGACCGAUUGCGGAAGUGACGAACUGGUAAAGGGGACGGCACACAGCGGGCAAAGCAUCCCUUCCACCACCACCCCGUGUGGUAGUAACCUAACAGGCGGACCUCACUACGGCAUCGAAAAUAUCAAUAACGAUAUCUAUGAGAUUAAGAAUGUCCAGGGAAAAACUAUAUACAUCACGAGUGACAAAAAUAUAGUCAACAUAAGUAACUGCAAGGAGUGUAACAUUUUUAUUUUUUCGAAGGUAGAAUAUUUGAAGAUUCACUUGUGUGUCAACUGUUACAUCAUCUCGUUGGCCAUAGAAAUGAUUUCCACUCUUUUUAACUCCAAGAAUUUGGACGUGCACUUAGUCACGAGGAGCCUCAAGAUAGAGAAUGUCAUUGACACGAAUGUGUAUGUUUACACCGAGACGAAUAUCAUUAUUUUUGGAGACACAAGGAACAUCCAGCUUGCUCCUUACAACAUUUUAAAUGCAAACCAGAGUAUAUGUCUCCGGAAGAGCAGGAUUUCUUUUGGCAGCAAAAAGUGUGACCUCUUCGCCUUUCCUCUGAAGUGCAAAACCAGUUUGUUCCACUCGGUGAACGGGUCCCACGCAACGAGCUUGGCCCACUUGGCGAGUUUGUCCGGUGGGGCAAACUUCCCCCUUUCUCUGAAGUCUUCCAGCGGCGCCCUCUGCCGACGCACCGACAAGAGUGGGAAAAGCGCCACGUGUAGCAGUGCAUCUGAUAGCCGUGUAAUGACUAAGAGUGCAGGUGAUAGCGGCGUAACUACUAACGGUGGAACUGCUUGCCGUAGGAGUACUGCGAACGAUCUAAGAUGGACUGAGCAGGAGAACGAAAGCUUGUGUGGUAAGCCAUUUGACAUGUCCAACCUUUCCAGUUCAUUCACCGACUAUGUCUACUACUUGCUGAGUCCGUCCAAGUUCUUUCUGACCGAGUUUCCCAUCCCGGACUGCCGGUCAGAAGGUGGAAACAGGGCCUCAGGUGUGGGGAACCACGAAGAGGAAUGCGUCAACCAUUUUAAUGAUUCCCACUAUGACUCUGAUGGGAAGGAACCCCCCCCCGGAGAAGGAAAAUACGACACGGGCGAGAGUCACAAGUAUCAAUGCCUCUACCUCCCGGAGGUUUAUAAAAAUGCCAUAGAAAAUCAAGACGGUCACAUUCUGCAGUUUUUAAGCUUCAUGGACAGCAUACAUCUGUCAGGUGCUCAGAUGCAAAUGGUGAAAAAGAUACUAACGUAUAAACUUUAUGCCUAUCUGAAGACAUCCAAGAAGGCCUUGCGAGUGUUCACCGAUUUGGUUGCCCAGGGGCAGGGCACUUUGGGCGGUGGCUAA